CUUAUUCUUGUUGUCUUUAUUGUUAGAUCCGAUAUGGCAGGAUUUUGUCUCAAACGGUACCGCACUAACCUGAACCAAUCAACCAUGAUCAAAUGAUGUCAAAAAUAAACAAAUGUUUUAUUUGCUUAUCAAAAUUAAGUUAGAAUACUGCUCAUUUGCCUCAUUUAUCAAGAGUUGAACUUCAACAUACUCCGGUAAUAUUUUUGUGACUAUUCGUGUUUCUACGCUGCACAAUGAGUGUUCAGCCUUCAGAAACUGAUAAUCAAAGUAUCGGAUCGACUUCUUCGGAUCUCCUGGAAGAACCCAAAUUGCGAUUACGGUCCAAUUCAUUCUCGGAGAAUCGAGGGAACAUCGCUUAUUUGGCAGAGUCGGAGAAAUUAAAGGUCGAAAUUGAAAUUUUGAAAGGCGAGCGUGAUAAACUUAGAAAUGAAGUUCAGAGUUAUUUAAAUAAUCAAACUGAAACUGAGCAGUCGGCUAAUCUAUUUGGGUUUUCUUACGAGCCUAAUACGCAGCUAAUGAAGUGUGUUUUGGAGCGAAGCAAAGUCAAGAUGAACCAAAUGCUUUUUUAUUUUGAAAAGGACGAUAACAAAAAGCCGAGCGAAGUUGCUGUGUCGAAUCGUUCUCGGCUUGCAAAAGAAGAAUUACACGAAGAUUUAUCAGCCCAGAAGUUGAAAGAGAAUAUUCUGCGUGUGAGAACUGCUCUGGUUCCAUUCUCACUACUACUCUCUAAUCUAUCAUAUGUAUCUAGCUGGAACAACCCCAUCAUAUCAAUCAAUGCAAUGGGAGUUUACUUCUAUCUCGUCUACAAUCAGAAACUCCUCAUUGCGCUUUAUGCCAUUUUGCUUUUCUUCUUUACUCUGUCCUAUGUUGUUAAGUGUGGAUACAAAGUUACAUCUAUGUUCGAUGACCCUGAGAUCAUAGUAGAACCAAAGCAAGUCUUCCGCGACAAAGUCCGAAACGUACUGAGCGCUGUGAUGAAAAUACAGACAGAGGGUGGUUUUGUAGCAGAUGCGUUGGAAAAGACGAUCAGUUUCUACCAAUGGGAGGAUGUUGAAGGCUGCAAACGUUUGGUGAUAGCUCUAUCGGCUAAAAUAGCAGGACUUAUCUUUCUGCCAAACGGUGUCGCUCAGCAGAUCGCUUUGUGUCUAUUUGGUUUCAUAUUCUUCAUUGAAAGACCUCUCUUUCAAAGAUUCCCAAGGCUGAAGAAGAAGUUCUCAUUUGCAUCAAAAUUGUGGUCUAGGCUGCCGAACCGGGCUGAAAAAGAACAAAGGCGCAUUGCCCAGACACGAGAAGAAGCAUUUCUCAUACACGAUUUAGAUUCAGCCUCACUCCUCAGUCUAGCAGAGUCAAGUAGAACUCAGAGGAGUCGCAAUGCCUCCCGAGAACGUCCAUCGGCGAGUGCGUCUAACGAAAUGGGCUCCGACCAUCCCAGGAUAAUCCGAAGCGACCAAGCUGGAACAUUGCAGAAUUCGAGUAACACAGAAGUUGGAUCACCGUCUUCAUCAAGACGGAAUACUUCGAAUAUCAGGGAGAUUUUGAAAAUCAACAGUUCGCUGAAAAAAUUGCUGGAAAUGUAUCAAAUUGACGACCAGCCGAUCCCACAGUUUGCGGAAGGGCUUGGAUGCUACUACAGUCAACGUUUUUGUCUCCCGAGAAGAAGCAUCCCUUUCGGCUUGCCGCGACUGGUGGCUGGAAAACUAUUCUUGACUGAAAACCAUUUGGUGUUCUGUGGAAAAUUCCUGAAGAAAGAAUCAUUUUUGAUUGACAUUGGUGCCAUUCGCAACAUCGAAUUGAAAGCCGCAGAGAAGGUUUCCAACUGGGCUCAAACAAUCGAGAUUCACACUGAAGAAGAAACUUUUAACCUUCACGUGGUUAUGAGCAAAGACAAGACCCAAGAGUUGUACACUUGGCUGAAGUCGCAGGUAGCCGACUUCGGUGUUCCGCUUCUCAGAGACGAAAGGUCUUCGACAGGUCAGUCGGAAGAUACUGUUGACGAUGCGUUCUUAUUUCCGGAUUCAAUGUCUGAAACUGAAACUAACUGAUUGAUAAUCACUAAUUUGUAAAUUAUUAAAUCUAACUAAGUUUACUGUAGAUAUUAUUUGAUUAAAAAUAUUUAGAAAUGUAAGUACUUUGAUUCGAUUACAUAUAAGAAAU